CACGACUCGAGCCGCGGCACUCAAAAAAAAAGCACCAGUAACGCACGAAUCCGUGCUCCAGGAAGGCGCCAAAGGACGCCCGCGCACAGCUGCGCGCAUCGCUGAUACAAAUCUCCACGCCUGCGGACUAGGCUCCAGCCUCCUCUGCCAGCAGCACACGCGCGGCGCGGCGGCUAGUCUACGCACCGACGCGAUACAACAAAAAAAGGGAUGCCCGCCUCCUGCGUCACCGUGCAGAUCGGCCAGUGCGGCACGCAGCUCGGAGCUUGCGUUUUAGAUAGGCUGAACGCCGAGGCCCGGCACGAGGCCGACGCGGCGUACUUCUUCCGGCAAGGCAAGUCGGGCGAGCGCGUCGCACGCGCGGUUCUUGUGGAUACGGAACCUCGAGUAGUGGGCGAGGUCGAGGGCGGCGAUCGGGACGGCUGCCGGUGGGUGUAUGGCGCCGCGAACCGCGUUCUGUGCGACGCGGGGUUGCGGGGCUGCGCGAACAAUUGGGCCAAGGGCUUUUCGUCGGAGAAGGAGGGCGUGAACCGAGCGGCGGAUGUCGUUCGAAGGGAGAUGGAGCGGAGCGAUCGAGUCGACGCGUUGCUGUCGUUCGCCGCGGGCGCGGGUGGUACUGGGAGUGGUCUAGGAUGUGCCUUCCACAGCUGCUUUUCCGACGACAAUCCGAAGAUCCGACCCUUGCAUUGCGUCGUGCUGCCAGACAGACAAGGCGACGUCGCGGUCGGGUCCUACAACGCCACUUUGACAUUGAAUCACUUGAGCAAGGACGCGAAGCGGAGAGGCGGCGGUUUGUGUUUACUGUCGAACGAGCUCUCGAAGCAGAUGUGCACGAAUGUUUUCCGGAUAGAUAGACCUACUUUUGACCAGUUGAACGACGUCUUCGCAACUUUAUUGGCCGGUAAUUUGCUCCCCUACGCCAUUGAGGGUCAGCGCAAAGGCCUAGGAUAUACAUUGAGCCACUGCUGCGCCGGGCGACUGAGGUACGUGACACCGUAUGCUGCGCCCUUGUACGAGCGGGCCCAGAACGCGGCCUUCGACCAGAAUUUGUGGCCCGGCGUCUGCGGCGAACUUACCAGAAGAGCCAAGCUCCUGGCCGAGCCGAUUCUGCGGGCCGACGAGAAGCCGCCUCUGGAUCGACCGCCGCCCGCGCGAGCCUGGGUCUGCGCGGGACUCGUCGUGGGACGGGGCGCCGACGCCACGCAGAUGGAGGAAAGUCGCUUCGCGAGAGAUAUACGUAUACCAAAGGGCGCCCCCGGCCUCAAAUUCGGCACUUCACAGAACGCGUGCCGGACGGCGCCGCGGUCAUGUUACUUCCUCGCCAAUUCGUCUUCUGUGUUACCUAUUUUGAGGCAUGUGGAAUCGCGAUGCAGCGCCAUGCUCGAGUACCGCGCCUACGUCCACCACUACGAGCGCUACGGCACGACGGCCGAGGAUCUUGAAAAGGCGCUGGCGUCGCUGCGCGCCCAGAUCGCCGACUACGACGGCCUCGCUCCCGUGCCGGAGCCGCCCGUCGCGGCGAUGGCGUCGUUAUCGCUGCCGCCGCCGCCGCCGCGCUAG